GCCGGAGCCCAGCGGGAGCAGCCGAGCGGCAGCCGGAGCCGGAGCCGGAGCCGGAGCCGGAUCCGCAGCCUCAGAGACGUGGAAACAUGCAGGCCUGAUCCGGCGGGCGCACCCCGCGCUGUGGCGGCGAUCGCGCUUCUCCUGACGCCCUGCGCGUCCGGGCGGCUGCCGGCGGGAGCUCCCUGCAGGCUGACACAGGUCAUUUAAUGGACAUGCUGGUGUAAGGACAAGCUAUCCACCUAGUUAGAAGAUGGGUGCGAACAGCAGCAGAAUCAGUGAUCUUCCUCAGAAUGAAUACUUGAAAAAGUUGUCGGGCACUGAGUCUGUCUCUCAGAAUGAUCCCUUCUGGAAUCAGCUUCUCUCAUUUUCUUUCCCGACACCAACCAGCAGUACUGAGUUGAAGCUCUUGGAAGAGGCGACCAUUUCAGUCUGCAGAUCUUUAGUUGAAAACAAUCCUCGAACAGGAAAUCUUGGUGCCCUGAUUAAAGUCUUCCUUUCUAGAACCAAAGAACUCAAACUUUCAGCAGAAUGUCAGAACCACAUCUUUAUUUGGCAGACCCACAAUGCCUUGUUUAUUAUUUGCUGUUUGCUGAAAGUGUUCAUCUGUGAAAUGUCAGAGGAGGAAUUACAGCUUCAUUUUACUUAUGAAGACAAGUCUCCUGGCAGUUACAGUUCUGACUCAGAAGAUCUCCUGGAGGAGCUGCUGUGCUGUUUGAUGCAGUUAAUCACUGAUACUCCACUCUUAGAUAUCACCUAUGAGAUCUCCGUAGAAGCUAUAUCAACAAUGGUGGUUUUCCUUUCCUGCCAGCUCUUCCACAAGGAGGUUUUGCGCCACAGCAUCAGUCACAAGUAUCUGAUGCGAGGUCCAUGUCUUCCAUACACUAGCAAACUUGUGAAAACAUUAUUGUAUAACUUUAUCAGACAAGAAAAGCCUCCUCCUCCGGGAGCCCAUGUUCUCUCUCAGCAGUCGGACGGGGGUGGAUUGCUGUAUGGACUUGCAUCAGGAGUAGCAACUGGCCUUUGGACUGUCUUCACCCUGGGUGGUGUGGGCAGCAAAGCAGCCGCCUCUCCAGAGCUUUCCUCCCCGUUGGCCAACCAGAGUCUCCUCCUGCUGCUGGUGCUGGCCAACCUGACAGAUGCUCCGGACGCACCCAACCCCUACAGACAGGCCAUCCUGUCUUUUAAGAACACACAAGAUAACAGUCCCUUCCCCUCAUCAAUCCCACAUGCUUUCCAGAUCAAUUUUAACAGCUUGUACACAGCUCUCUGUGAACAGCAGACGUCAGACCAAGCCACUCUCCUCUUGUAUACCUUGCUCCACCAGAACAGUAAUAUUAGAACAUAUAUGUUGGCACGCACAGACAUGGAAAAUCUUGUUUUGCCAAUUCUCGAGAUUUUGUAUCAUGUUGAAGAGAGAAAUUCACAUCAUGUGUACAUGGCCCUUAUCAUACUGCUGAUCCUCACAGAGGAUGAUGGCUUCAAUCGCUCCAUCCAUGAAGUGAUAUUAAAAAAUAUUACUUGGUAUUCAGAACGGGCUUUAACUGAGAUUUCACUGGGGAGUCUCCUGAUAUUGGUGGUAAUAAGAACCAUUCAGUACAACAUGACGAGGACAAGGGACAAGUACCUGCACACCAACUGUCUGGCAGCGCUGGCAAACAUGUCGGCGCAGUUCCGUGCUCUCCACCAGUACGCUGCCCAGAGGAUCAUCAGUUAUACCUGCCGCCACUUGCGGAGAUAUGUUUAUGUGUUGGACAAAAUGUAUUUCCCCCACUCUCACUGUUCUACGCUUCAGCAUUGCUUCUCGACCCUCAGUGACAAUGGAGAGGAACUCUUGUCUCUAACUUGCUCUCACAUUCUCAGAUCCUAUGCUUCCAGUUUAUUUUCUUUGCUCUCUAAAAAACACAACAAAGUUCUGGAACAAGCCACACAGUCCUUGAGAGGCUCACUGAGUUCCAAUGAUGUUCCUCUACCAGAUUACGCACAAGACCUAAAUGUCAUCGAAGAAGUGAUUCGAAUGAUGUUAGAGAUCAUCAAUUCCUGCCUGACCAAUUCUCUUCACCACAACCCCAACUUGGUGUACGCACUGCUUUACAAACGAGAUCUCUUUGAGCAAUUCCGAACUCAUCCUUCAUUUCAGGAUAUAAUGCAGAACAUUGAUCUGGUGAUCACCUUCUUCAGCUCGAGGUUGCUGCAGGCUGGAGCAGAGCUGUCUGUGGAGCGAGUCCUGGAAAUCAUUAAGCAAGGGAUUGUUGCACUGCCCAAAGACAGACUGAAGAAAUUUCCAGAACUGAAGUUCAAGUACGUGGAAGAGGAACAACCUGAGGAGUUUUUCAUCCCCUAUGUGUGGUCUCUGGUCUGCAACUCUGCCGUUGGCCUAUACUGGAAUCCCCAGGACAUCCAGCUGUUCGCCAUAGAUUCUGACUGAGGGCAGGAGGCCCCCGGCAGCCCCAGUCACGCUGCCCAGCUAGCACCUUGGUUCCGAGGACAGAGGCGCCUGGACUGCUGGCAUCUGCCAUGAAGAGGCUCACUUGAGCACGCCUCCUGCAUACACUUUGCUUUGGCGAGUUGGUGCCGCUGGUAGUAGAUCCCUCAGCUUCCAUUGUAGCACACGGGGGCAGGGCCAAGUAGCCGACAAUAAUAAACCAAGAACUUGCUGUUC